CUCCACUCCUGGCCCUGUGACCGGGCUGUGGUUGAAUGCGAUUGGUUCCCCACCAGGUGGAACAGGUUGGUGGACCUUAGCUAUGGGUUUUGGGCCUUGGUUCUAACCUGCCCUGUUCUUUCUCCGCAGGGUUGUGAAGGAAGAGAUCUCGGACGAUAAUGCCAAGCUUCCCUGUUUCAAUGGCAGGGUGGUGUCUUGGCUCGUGUCUGCAGAGGGGUCGCAUUCAGAUGCUGGGUCAGUCUGUGCCGACAACCAGCCAGAGCUGCCGCCUUCUAUGGAGCGCACUGGAGGCAUUGGAGACUCCAGGCCCCCCUCAUUCCACCCCAACACUGGUGGGAGUCGGGAGAACCUGGAUAAUGACACAGAGACGGACUCUGUGGUGUCAUCUCAGCGGGAGCGGCCUCGUCGGAAAGAUGGGCCUGAGCACGCACCCCGGGUGAAUGGGACGGCAAAGGGAGAGCGGCGCCGAGACCUAGGAGGAUACGAGAGCUCCUCCACACUCAUGAGCAGCGAGCUGGAGACCACCAGCUUCUUUGACUCGGAUGAGGAUGACUCCACCAGCAGGUUUAGCAGCUCCACAGAGCAGAGCAGCGCCUCUCGCCUGAUGAGGAGGCACAAGCGACGCCGACGGAAACAGAAGACUCCGCGCAUCGAGCGGUCGUCAUCCUUCAGCAGCAUCACGGACUCCACUAUGUCUCUGAACAUCAUCACAGUCACGCUGAACAUGGAGAAGUACAACUUCCUGGGCAUCUCCAUCGUGGGGCAGAGCAAUGAGCGUGGGGAUGGUGGCAUCUACAUUGGCUCGAUCAUGAAGGGGGGUGCUGUGGCAGCGGAUGGUCGGAUCGAGCCUGGAGACAUGCUCUUGCAGGUGAACGACAUCAACUUUGAGAACAUGAGCAACGACGAUGCUGUACGGGUGCUGAGGGAAAUCGUACACAAGCCAGGACCAAUCACCCUGACGGUUGCCAAGUGCUGGGACCCCAGCCCCCGGGGCUGCUUCUCCUUACCCAGAAUUGCUCCCCAGCGGAUCUGGGCUGGGCCAGACUCUCCAUGCUCCGAUCCGGGUGAGCCCAUCCGACCCAUCGACCCUGCAGCCUGGGUUUCCCACACGGCGGCGAUGACCGGAACCUACCCAGCGUACGGUAUGAGCCCAUCCAUGAGCACAAUCACUUCCACCAGCUCCUCCAUCACCAGCUCCAUCCCAGAGACCGAACGCCUCGAUGACUUUCACCUGUCCAUCCACAGCGACAUGGCCACCAUUGUCAAAGCCAUGGCCUCACCUGAGUCCGGCCUGGAGGUGCGUGACCGCAUGUGGCUGAAGAUCACCAUCCCAAACGCCUUCAUCGGUUCAGAUGUGGUGGACUGGCUCUAUCACCAUGUGGAAGGCUUCACUGACCGGCGAGAGUCCCGCAAGUAUGCCAGCAAUCUGCUGAAGGCCGGCUACAUCCGCCACACCGUCAACAAGAUCACCUUCUCAGAGCAGUGCUACUACAUCUUCGGGGACCUCUGUGGCAACAUGGCUAACCUCUCCCUACAUGACCAUGAUGGAUCCAGUGGAGCCUCUGACCAGGACACAUUGGCUCCUCUCCCUCACCCAGGAGCUGCGCCGUGGCCCAUGGCUUUCCCAUACCAGUAUCCACUGCCUCAUCCGUACAACCCACACCCAGGAUUCCCUGACCCAGGCUACAGCUAUGGAGGGGGCAGUGCAGGCAGCCAACACAGUGAAGGAAGCCGAAGCAGCGGAUCGAACCGCAGUGGCAGUGAGAGGAGGAAGGAGAGAGACCCAAAGACCGGCGAGUCCAAGUCGGGUGGCAGCGGCAGCGAGUCGGAUCACACUACUCGGAGUAGCAUGAGGCGGGAGCGGGCAGCCAGUGAGCGCUCGGUGCCUGCCAGCCAACACAGCCAGCGCAGCCAGCACUCCCUGGCCCACAGCCUCCGCAGUCACCACAGCCAGCAGUCAUAUGGGCCACCAGGCCUGCCUCCCCUCUACAGCCCGCCUAUGCUGCUGAUGCCUCCGCCGCCUUCAGCUAUGGGGCCCCCGGGCGCCCCGCCAGGCCGUGACCUGGCCUCUGUGCCCCCAGAACUGACGGCCAGUAGACAGUCGUUCCGAAUGGCCAUGGGCAACCCUACAAAGAAUUACGGGGUGUUUGACUUCCUCUGAGCUCGCCGCCCGCAGGGGCGAGAGCCGGAGCGUGGCACGGCGCGACACCUUGGCCCAACAGAGGAGGACACGGAUCCAUGCGGGCGCUGGGUACACACGGCGCUGAAGAAGGCUUCUUUCCCUCUAGUGGAAGAUGCCCCAUCCCCUCCACAGCCCUGAGAGGGGAGCAGGACCCAGUUUCCAGCCUUUUGUGUGUUCAAUAAAUGCAGUCGCCUC